UUGGAAACGAUAAAAGUAAAGAAAUAUACGACCUGCUGGAUAACUUAUACUCAUGCAACUUCCGGCCGAUGGAAACUGCCGUAGCAGAAAAUGCCACGCCGAAUUAUUCAGGUACGAACUGGAAACCUUACCUGAACUGCCGAGACAAGAACCAAACAGUGUCGUCAUGCCUGACAAUAAUGGAAGAUAUCUGUAGACGUUCAAAGCACCGGGCAACUAAGAUUGUCCGAUUAACAGUCGAUAACUUGGAAUAUGUUCUAGAACAUCGACCGAACUUAAAGGCUAUACAUCUUAUACGAGAUCCACGUGCAAUCAUUAAUUCAAGAAUCACCACAAAGUGGUAUAAUUUAAAUGUUUCGGAGCAAACGAUUAAAAGUGAUGCACAUGAGCUAUGCAGUAGGGUUAAAUACGACUUAAUCCAAGGGGAAAAGUUAAAGCAAAAAUAUCCUCAAAGAUUUUCGUUUAUAAUGUAUGAGGAUUUGCAGACUGAUCUAAAAACUAAAACAGAAAUGUUAUAUUCAUAUUUUGGCAUUGGCAAGUCAGACGUAAAGUCAAAAGCGGAAAAUAAUACAGAAAUUUUGCAGGAGGAACACAAAGUGAACAGAACACAUGGCGAUUAUACAAACUGGUGGAGAUUCCAAUUAUCGUUUAGGACAUUAAAUGUUGUUGACAGCGUUUGUGGAAACGUUCUUUCAUUUUUAGGGUACAAAAUAUUUUUGAAUGAAUCAGAGCUUAGGAACGUGUCAAAUAAAGCAUUUAAGUUCCAGAAAGAGCUGCUGAUAAGCAACUUGAAUGAAAGCGGGUUCUAUGAUUUUAAGGCUUUGCGUAACCAGAGGCCUUUUAGAAGGAAAAUUGAUAUUAUUCCAAAGCAAGGCAACGAAAUCACGGAGCACAAAACUCUUUUAAUUUAAGAGUAAAAGCAAAUAUAACCCGACAUUAAUGACAUCGGUUAAUACCAAGGUGACUUAGGUGAGAUAUGUUACCUUAUGAUAUUA